CGGAGGUAUUAUAGAUGAGGUUGGGGAGUAUCUACGAGGGCCUGUACACCCCGUUGACAAUCCAAUACAAUGGUGGUUGGCCCGGAAAGACGAGUAUCCAUGUCUCACGAGUAUGGCGCUCGAAAUACUCUCGAUACCUCCCUGCGCAACGGAAUGCGAGCGGACCUUCAGCCCCACUAAGCUCACGAUAGGGUCACAACGACACUUACUUGGUGAUGGUACCCUUUCAGAGCUUCAAUGUGUACGAAAUUGGGCGCGGGAGGAGUCCGUUGGGAAGGUUGUGGCCUUAUGACAGGCUUGGUGGCCCAGUUUUUGUAAUUAACUGGUGUUC